AUGGGCUCCACCAUCGCCUCGGCCAACCUCUUCCCCCUCCUAUCUGCUGAAUUUCACGUCCCCGUCGGCCCCCAAUCUGUCCUCCCUGCCUCGCUCUACCUGAUGGGGUUCUGCUUCGGGCCUAUCAUUUUUGCGCCCUUGUCCGAAACCUACGGGAGGAAACCCAUUCUUGUGACGGGUUUCUUAUUGUUUGUGGCUAGCACGGCGGGGGCGUCUGUUGCGCCGAGUUGGUGGAGUUUUUUGUUGAUGAGGUUCUUGUGCGGGACUUUUGGGAGUCCACCGUUGAGUGUGUUUGGAGGGGUUAUAGCUGAUUGCUUUGGGGAUGAGGUACAGCGGGGAAGGAUGUUGAUGGUUUGGAGUGCUUCUACGUUUGUGGGGCCUUUGGGGGCGCCAGUUUUGGGGGGUUUUGUGGGAGGGAUUUUGGGGUGGAGGUGGGUUUUUUGGAUCGCGUUGAUCUUUGCGGGAGUCACGCUGGCUUCAGUGUUGGCCAUCCCUGAGACGUUGGCGGCCAAGAUUUUGAAGAGGAAGGCGGAGAGGUUGAAUAAGGAGGAGCCGAGGGAGGAUGGGAGGAGGUGGGUGGCGCCGGCGGAGUUGAGUCAGAAGAGUAAAACAACCUUGCUGCGCCCGUUGGAGUUGCUAUGUGGAGAGAUGGUGGUGGUUCUCACAUCUCUUUACAUCGGUUUUAUUUACUCGGUGUUCUACAUGAUGGUCCAGAUCUAUUACGCAAUUUUCGUGGGCGUGUACGGAUUCAGUCCUGGUGUUUCAGGGCUAUUGUUUAUGAUCAUUGGUCUUGGAACUAUCAUCGGCUGCUUCAUCUGCUGGUGGUGCGACCCAGUCACUCUUCGGCUCAGCGCCAAACACCCUACAAAGAGAGCAGAGUACUUCCGCCUCCCUCUGGCCUGCAUUGGAGGCCCGUUUUUCGUCAUCUCAAUACUGUGGAUUGGACUGUCUGCUCGGUCCGAUGUGCAUUGGGCGGUCCCCUUUAUCGCAACUGUGCCUUAUGGAAUUGCUUACAAUAUCAUGUGGGUAGCAAUGAUCAACUACGUUGCGGAUGCGUAUGGUAUCUACUCUGCCUCUGCCCUGGCGGCAUUGGGCACCACGCGUAGUGUUGCUGGUGCUCUCCUCCCACUCGCUAUCGAAGAUAUGCUCAAAGCUUUGGGUAUUGCCAAGUCUUGUGCGUUGCUUGCUGGUAUCAGUGCAGCUUUGGCAGCCGUUCCAUUGUGUUUUGUUGCUUAUGGUGAUAAAAUUCGUGCUGCUAGCAAGUUUUCCGCAGCACUCAAGACUGAAGGACAGCGGGAGGAGGCCGCGUUGGGUCGGACUAUGAGCCAUAUAUCUGCUGUAUAG